AAGACGGAUAACACUGAUGUGCAAAAAGCCUCCCCGAGGGGGUACUGGUUAUUAUGUUCCUGUCACAAAACCAAAACAAAGAUGGCGGUCGCUCCAGCUCAGUUCAACGUCGUACUUGGCUUCAGUCAAACACCGCUAACUCAAGCCCUAGAAAACAAAAACUUCCAAGAAGCCCUAGACUUCAUAAACAAUCGUUACGGAGGCUGUUUCGAUGAAGGUUAUUACCGAAGAAUCCCGCUAUACAUUGUUUUAUCCGGUGAAAAGACGUGUUAUGGUAAAGUGAUGCCUGUUCACUUGGACAUCGCGAGAAGACUCAUCGAAAGAGGUGCAAAUCCUAUACUUCGAAUUCCAGAGAGUAUAGGUGCAGAGUACAUUGGCCCAGGUAGAAGUCCCAUUGAAUGUGUAGUAGACUUGUACAAUACUGUGACAGCCUAUGACCUAGGAAGUACGCCAACAGACAUAGCUCCAUCCUUUCCUGCAGUCCUGAUGAACGGCCAGAGGUGUACCAGUGUAAGAGACCUAAUUGAUGACCUAAUAAGUCUGGUGUGGAUGUUACUUGGUCAUGGUGCCGAGGUAAAUGUUCGUGAUGCUGAGAACAAGACCCCUUUACACAACACUUUGAUUAGGUCAGCUGACCUACGCCUGGCAGAAAUUCUGUGUGAUAAUGGUGCAAAUGUCAAUGCUGCUGAUCGCUGUGGUAAUACACCCUUAAUGGCAGUAUGCAACCCUAUGCCAUGGAGAUAUUAUGAAGAAUAUGGACCAGCCGCCAGUGGAUAUGACGUUUCUAGAGCAAUCUUUUAUCUUCUUAGAUUUGAUAACCUUAAGAUUAAUAGCUGUGGAGUACAUGGUAGAACUGCCCUCUUCUAUGCCAUGCAGUCAGGCAACUUUCAUGUGGCUAAAAUUUUGCUGGAACGAGGAGCGAAUCCAAAUAUGAGAGGAAUGGGACCUGAUGGAAGUUAUAUUUCUCCACUGCUUGCAUCCUUGAUUCCCUGGACAGCGCUAGAUCGCAAGGACAUCAAGGCAAACCUUCAAGCUGUUGCUACACUGGUCGAUGAAGGAUUUUUCUCCACACCAGAGAUUUUAAAAGAAGUCUUAGAAUAUGCCGUGGACGACAAUGGCAGCAAGAUCUUACAACAAAACCUUCUUCACAAGGGAGUUAAUUUGAUACAAUUGUUAUUUGGGCAGGGCAGUGCCCCCCUGACUCAACUAGCAGCUAGAACAGCCAUCGAGCACAAGUUCCCAAAUCUGGAAUUUUCAUCCAUGUCGUCAUUCAAUGUCAGUAAUCUGAUUCGAUCACAGGGACUGCCGCUGGAGUUAAUUACACAUUUAGAGGUUGUUCUUUUGAGGGAAAAGAUUCUGCACGUUUUGAGUGAGAUAGACUGGGAUGAAUGGGAUGUAGAGGAAUACUCUCUGAAUGAUAGUGAUGAUUAUGAUGAAUCCGAUGAUGAGUUCUGGUGAUUUUUCGUUUCAUUUUGUCCUUAAGGGGUACUCCACCCCUGGGACAAUAGACCCCUUUCGAAUUCGAAAUUACCGCUGUGUUUCUUGAUUACAGACUCAUUUGCACAGGGUAGUCUCGAGUUUGUGAAGAAUAUUCAUGUGUUCCAGUCAAGGUCCAUCAAGUUUCAAA